AUGGCGGCACACGGAGCAUCCGGUGAAGCGGCAACCAUGGACAGGAAGAAAUUGGACUUGUGGAAAGAAUGGGUUGCAAAGCAACAUCGGCAAAUGUGUAUGUAUGGCCAGGAGGCGUGGUUUCAACAUUUGUUGAAUAAUGUAGAGCAGCAGACAGUGUCGGACAAAGGCGCAGUACCACGAGUAGAAAAACACUUAGAACUGGACAAUGUACUGGCCGCAGAAGAUAUGCUAAGAGUGCGAGAUGUACCACGCGCGCAACUGCAUAAGCAACCUUACAUGACAAAACCGUUAACCGCCCCCAAAUUGUGGAUGCUCGUGCUCGCGUUCGUAAUCGAAGAAUGCGAGCUCGAGAGUAGUAUGCAGGAGAAGGAGUUAUAUGUGGAUGAUCUAUUGGAGCAACUGUGA